AUCAACAACACUUCAUACAACUGCACCGACUUACAUAUAUCAAUGUCCAUCUACUGACCAUCCCGAUAACAACACCCCUCAUCAACUAGCCCACUCACCCUGAAUGUCAAUAUCCACAAUCCAGCGAAACCAAAGAUGUCCUCCUCCUCCCCAAUCCUCCACCUAACCAGCUCCAUCCAGAUCCACGCCCCUCUCGACGCCGUCUGGUCCGCCCUCACAGACAGCACCACCUGGGCCGAAUGGAACCGCUUCGUGCCCGCCGUGACGAUCCGCAAGCAGCCUUCUCCCCCUUCUCCCCUUGAUGAUGAUCACCCUAUACCCACAACCACAACCACAACCACACCCGCACCAGAAACAGAAACAUCUCCUCCCACCACCACUCAACCCUCCCAAACACCAACACCACCACCACCACCAACAACUGCUGCUGGUGGGGGUAGUGGUGGUACACUCCAAAAAGGCACCCGCAUGACCUUCCACGUGAACAUGCACCCCGCCGCCGCGUCCACGGCGCCGCAGUCUUUCCAGAGUGUGGAUAACCAUGUCGGUCUCGUGGUGAUAGAGGUCGUUCCGCCUUCGCCUGCUUCACACCCAAAUAGCCAAGGGGAGGAUGGGGAUGGUAGUCCCGGGUCUACUUCUACAGCUACACCUACGGCAACCCGCCGAGCAAGAAUCACCUGGGCGAACGAUACCGCCUUCCAGGGCCGGGUGAUGGCCGCGCUUCUGUCGGCGGAGAGGGUGCAUGAGCUGGUGGAGCGGGAGGUUGUGGAUGCCUCCUCUGGAAGUGUGAGGGUGGUGACGGAGGUGACGAAUUGGGAGGUGCAGGAGGGGUAUCUGGCGUAUGUGGUCAAGUGGAUGUUUGGGCGCCGGUUGGAGGAGAAUUUCCGGUGCUGGGUGGAGGAUUUGAAGGGUUUCGUGGAGCAGCAGCAGCAGGGGAAGAUGGGUUUGGGGGGCGAUGGGGAUGCUUGAGGUGGUGUGGGGUGAUAUGAGGUGAAUGUGAAGGUGGUCGGGGAGCGAGAUGGUAAGUCUGAGGGUAAGUGGGUAUGUAGGUAUGUGGUAGGUUUUGUAUAUCAGGAACAGGGUCUGCAAAAGGCGCUCUGGGAUACUUGACUUGGAUGCUUGUCUGUGGUGACAUCAUGCUUGAAAUCGGGCGGGUAUACGUUUUGUCCUUGCUCUGUGGAUGGUUGUUGAGCUCCAGGCUCCAACUUCUGCUCCAGCUGCAACUCCAUCUCUCCCGGACAUCCGUAAAGGUGGGGAUAAAUUGGCCAAUGCAGCUUCCUGGCUGGUCCAAGCGGUCGACCAAUUCGUAUACUAAUUCAACUACCACGAUAGCACGGCGUCUAAUAAAGCUAUACGAAG